AUGACAGUGGCUGUGCGAUUCCGUCGCCACUUACGCAGGCUCCUGCUCCUGUUGGCGUCCUGCUGUCUCGUCUCCCUUCUUCUCUCCGCUUACUUUCUCUUUACAAACUCCUCCCCUUCCAUGCAGCUUGGACAAUCUCCUGAGCCUGCCUGCUCCCAGCCACUCUCCAUGUCCCCGUACCGCCAGCUCCCCUACCCCUACCCCCCUAACCCUCCACACACACAUGUCCCCACUGAUCCGGUAGUGCUGGUUCUGGUUGAGUCCCAGUACUCCCAGUUGGGUCAGGACAUAGUGGCCAUAUUGGAGUCAGCACACUUCCAGUUCCGCAUGGAGAUCGCCUCAGGGAAGGGUGACCUUCCACCACUGACCGAAAAAGGCCGUGGACGAUAUUCACUCAUUAUUUAUGAGAAUCUAUUAAAGUAUGCUCAUGCAGACACAUGGAACAGACAGCUGUUGCAUCAAUACUGCACAGAGUACCGAGUGGGCAUCAUAGGCUUCUACCGCUCCACUGAAAACUCCCCUCCCCUCCUCAAACUCCGAGGCUUCCCGCUGGUUCUUAAGACCAACCAGGCUCUUGUGGACUGUUGCGUGGUGUCCAGCUCUCCUCUCCUCCACCUAACUAAGCCAGGCACAGAUCGAGGGCCCUUACCAGGGGAGGACUGGACCUCGUUCUCUUCUAAUCACUCCACUUAUCAAGCUGUGCUGCAUGCGCGGGCCAGGGAGGGAGCCCCUGGGGCGGGUAGCGGCGAUAAUCCAGGGCCUGGCUUCAGUUUUGGACUCCAAGCCACUGUGGUGCAGGACAUGGGACUGUAUGAUGGGGUGAGGAGGGUGCUGUUUGGCCAGGGACUGGGAUACUGGCUCCACAGACUGAUCCUGGUAGAUGCCAUCUCCUACCUCACAGACAGGAAGCUGUCCUUGGGUCUGGACCGGCACAUACUGGUGGAUAUAGAUGAUAUUUUCGUGGGAAAAGAGGGGACGCGCAUGAACGCCAAGGAUGUGAAGGCUCUCCUUGAAACUCAGAAACAGCUGCGUUCCCAGAUCUCCAACUUUACCUUCAACCUGGGCUUUUCUGGGAAGUUUUACCAUACAGGCACAGUGCAGGAGGAUGAGGGAGACGAUUUACUAUUGAAGUAUGUGGAUGAAUUCUGGUGGUUCCCCCACAUGUGGAGCCACAUGCAGCCUCACCUUUUUCACAAUGAGUCCUCACUGCUGGAACAGAUGGUUCUCAACAAGGAGUUCGCUCUGGAGCACAACAUCCCCGUGGACAUGGGCUACGCUGUGGCCCCUCACCACUCAGGGGUUUACCCAGUACACCUACAGUUGUACGAGGCCUGGAGACGUGUCUGGAACAUUCGGGUGACCAGCACUGAAGAGUACCCCCACCUCAAACCUGCACGUUAUCGCAAAGGCUUCAUCCACAACAACAUAAUGGUGCUGCCUCGACAGACGUGUGGCUUGUUUACUCACACCAUCUACUAUAAGGAAUACCCUGGUGGACCUAAAGAGCUGGACAAAAGCAUCCAUGGGGGAGAGCUGUUUCUCACGGUGCUACUCAACCCUAUUAGUAUAUUUAUGACCCACCUGUCAAACUAUGGCAAUGAUCGACUGGGUCUUUACACUUUUGUCCACUUGGCCUCCUUCCUACGCUCAUGGACAAACCUGAAACUUCACACACUCCCACCACUUCAGCUUGCGCACAAGUACUUCCAGCUCUUCCCUGAACAAAGAAACCCUCUCUGGCAGAACCCAUGUGAUGACAAACGACACAAAGACAUUUGGUCUAAAGAGAAAACCUGUGACAGAUUACCUAAGUUUAUGGUGGUGGGACCACAGAAAACAGGAACGACGGCACUUUAUCUCUUCCUGCUCAUGCACCCCUCCAUCUCCAGUAACUUUCCCAGUCCAAAGACGUAUGAAGAGGUCCAGUUCUUCAACACCAACAACUAUCACAAAGGAAUCGACUGGUACAUGGAGUUUUUCCCUGUGCCCUCUAAUGUUAGCACAGACUUCCUGUUCGAGAAGAGCGCUAACUACUUCCCCUCGGAGGACUCUCCAAUUCGAGCUGCUGCCCUACUGCCCAAGGCCAAGAUCAUUACUCUGCUCAUCAACCCAUCUGACAGAGCCUACAGCUGGUAUCAGCAUCAAAGAGCUCAUGAGGAUCAUGCAGCCCUGCGGUUCACCUUCUAUGAUGUCAUUAGUGCCAGACCAGGGGCACCAGCAGAGCUACGCUCCCUGCAGAGCCGCUGUCUCAUCCCUGGUCUGUACUCCACACACCUGGAGAGGUGGCUCACUCAUUACCCUGCUAACCAGGUGAUGAUCAUAGACGGCCAUCAGCUUAGAUCUGAUCCUGCAGCUGUUAUGGAUGAAGUCCAGAAGUUCUUGGGUGUCACUCCUCAUUUCAACUACUCCCAGGCCCUCACGUUUGACCCUCAGAAGGGCUUUUGGUGCCAGCUCCUUGAGGGAGGAAAGACAAAGUGUUUGGGAAAGAGCAAAGGCAGGAAGUAUCCUCCUAUGGAACCAGAGGCACGUGCAUAUCUCUCCAGGUACUACAGGGAGCACAACGUGGAGCUGUCAAAGCUACUGCAUCGCCUUGGACAGCCUCUUCCCUCCUGGCUAAGAGAGGAGCUGCAGAAGGUUAGAUAACCUUUGCAUCCAUGCACCAGGGUUAAAGGUCAAGGGUCAAAGUCCUGGAAGCACCCAGGAGCACCUGACCAUCAGAUGCACUGUCUGUGGCCUUUAAGUGAUCCCUUAGGUGAAGACAGGGACAGGGUGCCUUGUGUCACCUCGGAGCUGUGACGCUGCUGAAGAGAGCAGAAGUCGUGAAAGCGCAAGAAACUCUGUGGAGACUCUGAGACUAAUGAGGAUGGAUGGAUGGAUGGAUGGAUGGUCACAGUUUCAGCUGCUCAUAUAGCUCUUAAAUGGGACUAAAAGGAAGAACCACGUUAUAACGACGGAGAGAACUAUGGGAGGAGCAUUUGCCCAAACCCUGUUCAGAAGUGUGGUAACCUCUUGUGCAAAGACUGCAGUGACUUCAAUGGUUAUUAUAAUUAUUUCUUUUUGUUUUGUUUUAGUUUCACCUUUAAUUUAUAAUGCCAAGACAGCGCUGGUCAGCUGUGCGUGGUUCCCAUAGAGAUGACUUUGGAUUUAGUUCUGUUCCACAAGAAAAACAGAAAAAAAGACAAAAACAAAUGCAUCCUGUGUGUGUUUUGGUUUUCCUUGUUUUGUUUUUUUUUUUUUUUGUUUUUUUACUUUCUUCUGUAAUGAGAGUGACUAAGUAUUAAGAGCAAGAUGAUAUUUUCAAGUGCAUAGGCUCAGGGUGAGAUACUUGCUGUUAUUUUUUAUCAUAGACUCGUUGUUUUGGGAGCUGUUCUGUUUUUUAAGUUAAGCUAGUUUCUGAUAGAUCUGUUAGUCUUCUGGUAGUUCACCCUUAGUGGUGUCGCCUGAGGCUCUCACUGGAAAGUGUAGACUGGAAAUGAGUCACUGAAACAAGAGUCAUUGCCAGCUCAUUAUUUUCUUGUGACAAGCCAUGCAGAAAAGCGCUAUGUCCAUUUAGAAAAGCUUGAGUGCUUAUAAUGUAAGCGCUACGGACUGAGAGGAGACACGGAUUUGUUGGGAAUAAACUGACCAAAAUGAGCCUAAUGGAUAUGACACUUAAUUCCAGGACUCUUCAGUAGCUAAUGUAACGCAGUCGACUUUUAUUUUGUCAAUGUCUCAUUUAAGGUUCAACCUCCUUUUUUUUCCCUUUUCAAAACCAGUGGCCUACAUUGUUUAGCUUCAAUUUGAAUGCAAAAAACACCUAAAUGUCAAACACAGAAACCAAAAUUAAAGAAAUGAUAUAACUGACGGCA